AUGACUGACCCAGAUUGUAAUGUCUCGUGUGGCGCUCAGCUGGCAUGUAGCUGUAAUGUACGUUCGAAGCGCACGGAUCAAGCGCACGGAUCGGGCGCUCGACUCACAUGUACGUUCCACGCACCCGCUUCCGCCCGUCGCACUCCCUUCCGCACGCCUGCACUCCCUUCCGCACGUCGCACUCUCUUACGCCCAUCAAACUCCCUCCCGCCGUCGCCCUACUGCCCGUCGCUCUCCCUAGCGCACGUCGCACUCACUUCCGCCGACGCUCCCUUCCGCCCGUCACCUUCCCUUCCGCCCGUCGCACUCACUUCCGCCGUCGCCAUCCCUUCCGCCCGUCGCCCGUCACCUUCCCUUCCGCCCGUCGCCCUCCCUUCCGCCCGUCGCCCUCCCUUCCGCCGUCGCCAUAGAUUCCGCCCGUCGCUCGUCGCCAUGCCUUCCGCCCGUCGCCCUCCCUUCCGCCCGUCGCCCUCCCUUCCGCCGUCGCCAUCCCUUCCGCCCGUCACCCUCCCUUCGUCUCGUCGCCCUCCCUUCCUCCCAUUGCCCUCCCGACCACCCGCCGCCCUACCUUCCCCUCGUCGCGCUCCCUUCCGCCCGUUGCCCCCCUUUGUCUCGUCGCGCUCCCUGCUGCUCAUCGCCCUCCCUCCUGCUCGUCCCCUCGCAAUCCCCGUAUCUCUCUCCCCUCGUCGCCCUGGCACUUCCGUCACUGUCGCCAUCCCUCCCAUCUCCCUUCCCACCUCAUUUGGGCCAGUCACGCCCCCUUUCCAACCAACACACACGGUGGCCCUUCCCCUAAUGAUCGCCUUUCACCACCACACCGCUUACCUCUCUCCUUCCCCACACCACCUUUGGCCUUCCUCCCCCAAUCCCCUUCCCUGCUUCCCCGUGUCCCUUUCCCUGCUUCCCCCCAUCCCCUUCCCUGCUUCCCCGUGUCCCUUUCCCUUCCUCCCCCCAUCCCCUUCCCUGCUUCCCCAUGUCCCUUUACAAGCUUCCCCCCAUCCUCUUCCCUGCUUCCCUCCAUCCCCUUCCCUGCUUUCCCAUGUGUCUUCCCUUCCUCCCCCCAUCCCCUUCCCUGCUUCCCCCCAUCCCCUUCCCUUCUUCCCCCCAUCCCCUUCCUUUAUGUUCCCCCCAUCCCCUUCCCUGCUUCCCCAUGUCCCCUUCCCUUCCUCCCCCCAUCCCCUUCCCUGCUUCCCCAUGUCCCUUUCCCUGCUUCCCCCCAUCCCCUUCCCUGCUUCCCCCCAUCCCCUUCCCUGCUUCCCCGUGUCCCUUUCCCUUCCUCCCCCCAUCCCCUUCCCUGCUUCCCCAUGUCCCUUUACAAGCUUCCCCCCAUCCUCUUCCUUGCUUCCCUUCAUCCCCUUCCCUGCUUUCCCAUGUGUCUUCCCUUCCUCCCCCCAUCCCCUUCCCUGCUUCCCCAUGUCCCUUUACAAGCUUCCCCCCAUCCUCUUCCUUGCUUCCAUCCAUCCCCUUCCCUGCUUUCCCAUGUGUCUUCCCUUCCUCCCCCCAUCCCCUUCCCUGCUUCCCCAUUCCCCCUUCCCUGCUUUCCCAUGUCCCCUUCCCUUCCUCCCCCCAUCCCCUUCCCUGCUUCCCCGUGUCCCUUUCCCUGCUUCCCCCCAUCCCCUUCCCUGCUCCCCCCCAUCCCCUCCCCUGCUUCCCCGUGUCCCUUUCCCUUCCUCCCCCCAUCCCCUUCCCUGCUUCCCCAUGUCCCUUUACAAGCUUCCCCCCAUCCUCUUCCCUGCUUCCCUCCCCUUCCCUGCUUUCCCAUGUGUCUUCCCUUCCUCCCCCCAUCCCCUUCCCUGCUUCCCCAUGUCCCUUUCCCUGCUUCCCCCCAUCCCCUUCCCUGCUUCCCCCCAUCCCCUGCCCUUCAUCCCCCCAUCCCCUUCCGUGCUUCCCCGUGUCCCUUUCCCUGCUUCCCCAUGUCCCCUUCCCUGCUUCCCCCCGUCCCCUUCCCUGCUUCCCCCCAUCCCCUUCCCUGCUUCCCCGUGUCCCUUUCCCUGCUUCCCCCCAUCCCCUUCCCUGCUUCCCCGUGUCCCUUUCCCUGCUUCCCCCUAUCUCCUUCCCUUCUUCCUCCCAUCCCCUUCCCUUAUUUUCCCCCCAUCCCCGUCCCGCCUUCCCCAUGUCCCCUUCCCUGCUUCCCCGUGUCCCUUUCCCUGCUUCCCCCCAUCCCCUUCCCUUCCUCCCCCCAUCCCCUUCCCUGCUUCCCCGUGUCCCUUUCCCUGCUUCCCCCCAUCCCCUUCCCUGCUCCCCCCCAUCCCCUCCCCUGCUUCCCCGUGUCCCUUUCCCUUCCUCCCCCCAUCCCCUUCCCUGCUUCCCCAUGUCCCUUUACAAGCUUCCCCCCAUCCUCUUCCCUGCUUCCCUCCAUCCCCUUCCCUGCUUUCCCAUGUGUCUUCCCUUCCUCCCCCCAUCCCCUUCCCUGCUUCCCCAUGUCCCUUUCCCUGCUUCCCCCCAUCCCCUUCCCUGCUUCCCCCCAUCCCCUGCCCUUCAUCCCCCCAUCCCCUUCCGUGCUUCCCUGUGUCCCUUUCCCUGCUUCCCCAUGUCCCCUUCCCUGCUUCCCCCCGUCCCCUGCACAUGUAUCGGUCUGAACACGUCGUGUCAAUGAAGACGCUUGAUCUGAUGCAUUUCUAG